AUGGAUUCGAAUAAACAGUUGAAUUCAUAGUUAAAGAGCCGGAAAUGGAUUCAACAGCAAACCUUUUAAUCUUUCUCGCAACUUGUUUUAGUUUAUUUUUGUUCAUAACUGUGUUGAAAUUCCUUGAAAAAUACUGGUGGACGCCGCUCAAAAUCCAGAAAGCACUGAGUUUACAAGGAAUCGAAGGACCUCCCUACGAAUUCUUCCAUGGAAACAACAAGGCCUCUACCCUUUUCCGAUACGAAGCUCUGAGCAAACCCAUGGCUUUAACACAUGAUAUUGUUCCCAGAGUUAUUCCUCAGAUUCACGCCUGGAUCAACACUUACGGGAAGAAUUAUCUCACAUGGGAGGGAAACCAAGCUCAACUGGUGAUUUCCGACACCGGAAUAAUCAAAGAAAUACUGAUAAACAACGACGGAACUUUUCCAAAAAGGAAGGAUGAUUCAGCUUUCGUGUACAAGAUUACCGGCGACGGGCUCGUGUCAUCCGAAGGUGCGAAAUGGGCAAGGCAAAGGAAGUUAGCGAAUCAUGCUUUCCACGGUGAAAGUUUAAAAAACAUGAAUCCGGCGGUGAUCGCUAGCGUGGAGGCGAUGCUGGAGAAGUGGAAAGGCCAAGAAGGGAAAGAAAUAGAAGUGUUUGAGGAGUUCAGGUUGUUGACUGCGGAAGUUAUAUCGAGAACAGCUUUUGGAAGUAAUUACUUGGAAGGGAAGAAGAUCUUCGAAAAGUUAACGAAAUUAUCAGUACUCGUUAGCAGAAAUUACUUCAAUGCUAGGAUUCCUGUCAUCAGCAAGAUACGGAAAAGUACGGACCAAGUAGAAUCGGAGCAACUUGCUAAAGGAAUACAUGACCGUGUGAUGGAAAUGGUUAGGAGAAGGGAAGAGAAAGUAGUGAGCGGAGAAUCCGAUAAUUUCGGUGAUGAUUUUCUGGGAUUACUUGUAAAUGCUCACCAUGAUUCUGACGAGAAAAACCGACUUACGGUGGACGAUAUGGUGGAUGAGUGCAAAACAUUCUACUUUGCUGGUCAAGAAACAACUAAUUCCUUGCUGGCAUGGACGGUCCUGGUUUUAGCAAUCCACACUGAUUGGCAAGAAAAAGCUAGACAAGAGGUGGUUGAGGUCUUUGGUGACCAAAACCCCGAUCACCAAGGCAUCUCCAAACUGAAAACUAUGAACAUGAUCCUGAAUGAAACCCUGAGAUUGUAUCCUCCCGUAGCUGCGGUGAUUCGAAAAGUUGGGAAAGGAGUUGGAUUGGGGAAGCUGGUUUUGCCUGCUAAUAUGGAGGUACUCAUCCCAAUCUUGACACUUCACCAUGACCCUGAACUAUGGGGAGACGAUGUACAUCUUUUCAAACCCGAGAGAUUCUCCGAAGGUAUCGCCAACGCGACCAAAUACAACUCCGCUGUAUUCAUUCCCUUUUCCAUGGGACCUCGAUCUUGUGUCGGUAUGAGCUUCGCAACUACGGAAACAAAGAUUGCUCUCUCAAUGAUCCUCCGACGCUACACCAUUAGUCUCUCUCCGGCCUAUGUUCAUGCCCCAUUCCCUGUAAUCACGCUUCAACCACAACAUGGGAUUCAAGUUAUGCUUCAUUCUUUAUAGACUGAUGCCUCAACUUCUUAAAGCAAUAGCUGCUCCUAUGUUAGCACUCUAGUUUUCGCCACUUUUAGUGUUGCGGAUGUAAUAAAUAUUAUCGAGGUCAAAAUUUCAAAAUAAUGAUCACUUUUUAUUUAA